AUGACAUUCGCGCAGAUGCAGGGGCCCCUGCGACUGGUGGCGUUAACGCGCCUGUACCAUCAGGUAAUGCUGCCGGCCCUAACGUACGCGUCCGCGGUGUGGUGGUCCGCGAAGCCUGAUCACAGGCUCAGCGCCCGCGUGACGUCAAUGCAGCGAACGGUGCUGCUGUCGCUGUCGGGCGCGUUCCGCACGACGCGCAUGGCAUCACUUCAGGUACUAAUGCGGGUGCCGCCUCUGUCGCUCGAACUCGACAGGACCGCGGUGGAGUUUCGACUCUUCGCCCUGCGCGAGGCGGUCGAGAGAUCGCGCGCCGCGAGCCUACACGUCUUCACCGACGGUUCGUACACACCGCUUUCGUCGGGAGCCGCUUUUGUCAUCCUCAGCCCGGGCGAGAGGAUUGGGGCCCUGGGACGUUUCCGCGUACACGCCGCAACAAGCGCCUACUGCGCGGAAGUGCUUGCUUUCGCGGAGGCCCUGGCACACGUUCGCGGCCGCGAGGGGACGGGCGCGGUGUCCAUUUACGCCGACUGCCUAUCCCUGCUGCAAGCGGUCGCGACGCCGGGUUCCAACGACCCCCGAGUCACUCGCAUCAAGACCGCGCUCGUGGAGAUCGCGCGCUCAUCCGAGGUGCGACUCCACCACGUACCCGGACACUGCGGCGUCUUUGGGAAUGAGCUGGCCGACUUCCUCGCGUCGCGGGCUGCCAGGAACGGUUUCGACCUUAACGCGCCCCAGCCUUUCAAGUCGGUUCGCGCUGCGUUCCGUGCCGUUCAGUGA